CGAGCUGGGAGGGAGGUCGGCAGGGAGGGUCUGGCUGGAGUUGAAGGAUUGAACUUUCCGGCUGAGUCGCUGCGGCUGCCUGGUCCCCGGCAGUUGGGCUCCGACGCGGAGCUGGGAGACUCGCCCGCGCCCGGCACCCUCGCCCCCAACCCGCAGCCAUGGUGCCCGGGGCGCCCGGCGUGGUCCUGACCCUCUGCCUCUGGCUGGUGGCCUCCGGGGGCUGCCUAGCGGCCGGCCCUGGCGCGGCUGCUGCGCGGCGGCUGGACGAGUCGCUGUCGGCCGGGAGCGUCCAGCGCGCCCGCUGCGCCUCCAGGUGCCUGAGCCUGCAGAUCACUCGCAUCUCCGCCUUCUUCCAGCACUUCCAGAACAAUGGUUCCCUGGUUUGGUGCCAGAAUCACAAGCAAUGUUCUAAGUGCCUGGAGCCCUGCAAGGAAUCAGGGGACCUGAGGAAACACCAGUGCCAAAGCUUCUGUGAGCCUCUCUUCCCCAAGAAGAGCUAUGAAUGCUUGACCAGCUGUGAGUUCCUCAAAUACAUCCUGUUGCUGAAGCAGGGGGAGUGUCCAGCUCCCGAGAAAGCCAGUGGAUUUGCGGCCGCCUGCGUUGAAAGCUGUGAAGUUGACAAUGAAUGCUCUGGAGUGAAGAAAUGUUGCUCGAAUGGGUGUGGACACACCUGCCAAGUACCCAAGACUCUGUACAAAGGUGUCCCCCUGAAGCCCAGAAAAGAGUUACGAUUUACAGAACUGCAGUCUGGACACCUGGAGGUUAAGUGGUCCUCGAAAUUCAAUAUUUCUAUUGAGCCUGUGAUCUAUGUGGUACAAAGAAGAUGGAAUUAUGGAAUCCAUCCUAGCGAAGACGAUGCCACUCAUUGGCAGACUGUGGCCCAGACCACAGACGAGCGAGUUCAACUGACUGACAUAAGACCCAGCCGAUGGUACCAGUUUCGAGUGGCGGCUGUGAAUGUGCACGGAACUCGAGGCUUCACUGCCCCCAGCAAACACUUCCGUUCUUCCAAAGAUCCAUCUGCCCCACCAGCACCAGCUAACCUUCGGCUGGCCAACUCCACCAUCAACAGUGAUGGAAGUGUAACUGUCACUAUAGUUUGGGAUCUCCCUGAGGAGCCGGACAUCCCUGUGCAUCACUACAAGGUCUUUUGGAGCUGGACGGUCAGCAGUAAGUCUCUUGUCCCAACGAAGAAGAAGCGGAGAAAGACUACAGAUGGGUUUCAAAAUUCUGUGAUCCUGGAGAAACUUCAGCCAGACUGUGACUACGUUGUGGAAUUGCAGGCCAUAACGUACUGGGGACAGACACGGCUGAAGAGUGCAAAGGUGUCCCUUCACUUCACAUCCACACAUGCAGCCAAUAACAAAGAACAGCUUGCAAAAACUAGAAAAGGUGGAAUUCAAACACAGCCCCCUUUUCAAAGACGACGACCCACUCGCCCACUGGAAGUUGGAGCUCCCUUCUAUCAGGAUGGCCAACUGCAAGUCAAAGUCUACUGGAAGAAGACAGAAGAUCCCAUUGUCAACCGAUAUCAUGUGCGGUGGUUUCCUGAAGCAUGUGCCCACAACAGAACAACCAGAUCAGAGGCAUCAUCUGGCAUGACCCAAGAAAAUUAUAUAAUUCUUCAAGAUCUGUCAUUUUCCUGCAAGUAUAAGGUGACUGUCCAACCAAUACGGCCAAAAGGUCACUCCAAGGCAGAAACCAUUUUCUUCACUACUCCACCAUGCUCUGCUCUUAAGGCGAAGAGCCAUAAGCCCGAGGGCUGCCCUGGAGAAGCAGGUCAUGUUCUUUCUAAGGUGCUAGCUAAGCCUGAGAACCUUUCUGCUUCAUUCAUCAUCCAGGAUGUGAACAUCACCGGCCAUUUUUCUUGGAAGAUGGCCAAGGCCAGUCUCUAUCAGCCCAUGACUGGGUUUCAAGUGACUUGGGCUGAGGUCACUACGGAAAGCAGACAGAACAGCCUACCCAACAGCAUUAUUUCACAGUCCCAGAUCCUGCCUUCUGAUCACUAUGUCCUAACCGUGCCCAAUCUGAGGCCGUCCACUCUUUACCGACUGGAAGUGCAAGUGCUGACGUCUGGAGGGGAGGGACCAGCCACCAUCAAGACGUUCCGGACGCCAGAGCUUCCACCCUCUUCAGCGCACAGAUCUCAUCUUAAGCAUCAUCAUCCACAUCAUUACAAGCCUUCUCCAGAGAGAUACUAAACUAUUCAAGAAGAUUUUUUAAAAUUGCACAGAUGUGUAAGCUUGUUGAACUUUGGCCACGAGGCAUGCAUACUUCCAGAGGCAACGGGAACUGCUCAGAGGCCCCAACUCUCCUAUGUGACUUUAGUGCAGGAAGAACUUCUGUCAAUCACGGAUGCAUCUGGAGACAAGUGAGAAACUGUAGACUGGUAAAUACAGAUACCAGCUCCCUACAAGAAUGGAGAAAAUUAAGAAUAGGCCUGUUUAACUCUAAAUUCUGUUUUCAUGUAUGGUGUCGCUCAUUUCUAUUGCAUUACAGCAUAACUCAGUUUUCCCUGAAUUUGGAGCACCAAACUCCCCACAAAAAAGUAGAGUAACAAAUACACAUUUCACACAUAACACUGAGCAUAAAUCUAAUCAAUCAAAUGUACUUUUGACUAAAUUAUUGAUUUGAUAUGAAAAAAUCAGAUUAUACAGCUUUGUUUAUUUGAAUCUUUCAUAAGAUCAUUUUUAUCUUAGGUGAUUUGUAAAUGAAAAUACGUAAUCUAAAAUAUACCAGUGAAUUUAAAUCUAAAAAUGCUCCUACUUUAAGUACCUUAUGCUGCUUUUUACACAAAGGUAAAUGAGAGUUCCCUCUAUAAAUUAUGAUUUACAGAAGACAUCCAAAACAGAGAAACUCAAUGAAAUAAGCUGCUAACCAGAUUUUACCUUGGAGAAAUGAAAAUUAUUUCCUGGGGAUGCUUUUAAAUAUUUGAUCCUAUUAUGUGAGAGAUUUUCCUGAUAUGUUAUCUUAUUUAUAUUUUCCCUUAUUUUCCUCAAUACAGAUAAUAGCUGUUGGUGCACUUUUGUUUCACCAUCUGAAAAUUCACAAAACUUCUUGCUUCAAAUGAAUAAAAUCCCAACUAUUGAGCAUGUUUAGAUCUUUGCAGAGAUUUGUCUUUUCUUAAAGCAAGCUCUUGUAUGCUAGAAUUUUAUUGGUAAUGUUAUAAAAAAUGGCUUUGAUUGAUAGAGAAGGACAGUUACUUGCAUUUAAUUCAUCUAUAUGCGUUCAAAUCUAUUAUAUCUUACCUUUUGGAAAAUUUUAUGCUACAAAUUACUCCCUUGUAGCAUGAACUUAAGUCAAAACAUGUUAUCAGUAUAGAGUGUUGCAGUGUGUAUUGUAACAACCUAAAAUGCAGAGAUGUUUAAUACUGUUUUUUUCAUGAAAAAACACUCACAUACAUGGUUUGAAAUGUGCAUAGAUAUGCAUGUCUAUGUACACACAGACACAUGUAUAUACAUGAAUAUACCUUGAGCAUGAAUCCCUGAAGAAAUCAUUUUCAUAGCUCACCAAUGGUCAUGAGGAUCAUAUGUUUUCCCCAUCAAUGCUGAUUCUGAGAAAAGAGUGAUUUGUCAAAAUUAAACACUGUAAAAGAAAGGUGCUCUCAUGUCAUCACCUACCUAAGUAAAACAGAAAAUCAGAAACCUUAUCCUUAGAUUUUGACAAUCGUACUUGCUUCUUGUUGUUUUACUGUUUCCUGAAUUCAUGCAUAUGCCUGACCAUUCCUGGGAAGAGUGGAUAGCUCAGAAGUUAUUGACUCCACGGGCUUCACUGCAGUGUCUAAAAGCAAAAGCAAAUUAAAAUGCAGAGAAAGUACUUUUAUGAUGUGGAUGCAUGUAUUUAGGAAACACAUUUAUAAACAUGGAUACCCAAUAGUAAAUAUUGAAACCUGUUUCCUGUGUGUUAAACUCUAUGAAAAGUGGAUAUUGCAGGAAUGUUUUGCAGCCUUGUACAAGUUACUUAAAUUGGACACCUCAGAAUGAAAGUUCAUGUAGGUUCUGAACGGUUUUCUGCAGCUACUGUCACAGCUGGGAUGGAUUUAUCACACUGAGUUGUGAAAUUACCUGGUUCUAAUAAUUUUUGAAUGGUGAAAAUGGAAAACAGUCUUCAUUUAAAAACAUCCCUAAGCUUGAAUAAACUGAUACCAUAGAUAUGUUUUCUAAAACUAUGCUUUAUUCUACUGCCAUUACCAGCAUCUGAAUUUCAAGUUCUUAAAAUUUUGAAAAUUAAAAUUUUUCGUUAUUGACUAUCUGUUUAUCUUUCACAUGAAUUUGUCAUGAACAAAUCCAAAUAUUGAUGCCAGCAAAUUUUUGUACUGUUGUAUAGUUAAAAAUGCUGGGAGUCUAUACAUAGCUACAAAAUAUUAUUAAAUUAUUACAUAAAUUUAAUUUUAUAAAAUUUAAUAAUGCUUCUUUUAUCUGGGUAAUAGAGAUUGGACAGAUAUUUUUAGUUCAUAUGGUGAUUCUGAAGCUUACAUCUCCCUUAAAAAAUCUAAACCAGCUCUUAUGGGUUUCUAAUUUUGCUAUAAAUAAUUUAAAUUUUUUUGGUGUUAUUAGAAGAAAAACCCUAUUAAUGGGGUAAUAAGUGUUUCUCUUGUGAAUUUUAAUAAGCUCCAAUAUUACUCAAAUGAUCAAAAAUAUAGUUGCAAUUUUUUGAAUUUUAAAAAUAUGAUUGCUCCAAUAAAGGCUAAAAUCUAUGUUUUUAAACAAACAUAGUUUUGGUUCCUAAUUCUGUAAUAUGUUUUAUUGAAAUUAGAUGCAUUUCUCUAAUGUGAGAAAAAUAUAUCCAGUAAUGCCAUUGACUGUUUAAAGAAUUGUGCUCAUCAAAAAUAUUGUUAUCAAAUACAGGUGGCUAAUUUGAUACACAUUGCAGUUACAUGCAUUAUUUUUAUUUACAACAUUUACUCCUUAAUGAUGAUUUAUCUGAGUUACCCUGUUUUUCUACCUGGAAUGCCGUAGAAUUAUGCUUGCAAACCAACGUGUGCUCCUUUCAGUCGUUCACUAUUUUAAUAUGACGUGGUAGACAAGAUAAAGUUUUUGGCAGGUAACUUUUUGUCAUGUGUAAACGAAGUUCAAAGAUUAGAAAUAUAUCUAUGUCCUGAAAACCUUAGAUACAUAGCUGACUGUAUACAGGGGUUCAUCUCAAGCUCAACACUAUUGACUUUUGGGGCUGGAUAGUUCUCUGUUGUGAGGAGUUGUCCUGUGCACUGUAGGUUUGUAGUAACAUCCACAGUUUUUCCUCACCAGAUGCCAGUUGCACCCUCCCCCAAGUUAAGGCAACCAAAUAUGUCUCCAGAUAUUGCCAACUGCCCCCUGAGGGUCGGUACCUCUGGUUGAGAACCAUUGCUAGAGAAUGAUCUUUACUCAGUAGAUGAGAAUUUGGCCUUUAUAAGAAACCCAGUAAAUUUCUAGAGCAAGUCCCAAAAACUAAGGGACAGCUAAGAUGUUAUUAUGGUUGACUUCAAAGGCCUAAACUGUGUCUUUUAUGUCCACUAAACAACCUGAUUAAAAGACCGAAUUGUGACUUGUGUCUGUAUUAUACAAGUACAAAUACUAAUUUUGCCCUAUGUAUCCAUAAAUGUCAUUUGUGAUAUUGACUUAUUUAUUUAAUGCCCUUUCUUAUGCCGUGGUUUUUCAAGUUUACUCAUUUCUGUGGUUGCAAAUAACUCUAAAACUUAUUAUAUAAACUUUCUCAUUAUAAGCAGAAUACAAUAGCUAAAUAUCUGUUGCAUGUACUUUAAAGUUUAUUAUAAGAUAUAAACAGAUCUAUAAAGAUGUUGACUCUUACUAUGGUUUUGCAUGGCCAGACUCGGUAUCAGGUACGGAGAAGAUUCUCAUGACUGUCUUACCUCUACUGAAUAUUUUAGUGAGUUAUAUGAUUUACAGAGUGAUUAACAGAGGUCUAUAUAAAGUUAUUUUCCCCUUUACUUAAUUAUAUUGUAGUGUGCAGAUAACAAAACUGCUACCUUCUCAUUCAAAUGGUCUGUAGAAUUCAUGUCCUUACAGUGGUCAUUUAAAGUCAAUAUUUAUUUAUGUAUGUAAUAAAAAAGUUGGAUUUUUGUGUAUGUCUGUCAUGUUAUUUAGAGAGAAGUAAUCUUGUAAAAAAUGUUUUGUAAAAAACAAAAAAGUAUUGUAAAUAGUCUUGAUAUUCUGUGACUCAUUAUUUUCAUGUUAGAGUUUGUACAUACUGGUUCAAUAAUAAAGUAUCCUUAAACCAGA